AUGGACUUCAGUUUCAUCACAUGCCCUUCCUUCCAACAAUGUACAGACCCUACAGAGCCUAAGAAUACUGAGCCAUCAGUCCAGAAGUUACCUGAGGCACAACCAGAACCGGAAGCCGCGUCUGCAGCUGCAGCGGGAUCAGGACCACUACCAACAACAACAUCCAAUGGAUCUGCAGCAGGGAAACCUAAGGACAUCCCUCCCGUCCACGUUUCCGCCGGGAAUAUACCUGCCGGGUCCGGUUCCUUCCUUGGACCUGGUAAAGCCAUCGAUGUGGGCAACGAUGACCCCCCUCCUCUUAAUCCACCCAAACCAAAACCGAACCCGAACCCAGAUCAAUCGGGCAGCAGCAGCCCCAGCGGCAGCAGCGGCGGCCUAGGUGGCUCCGUCCAGGAUGAUGGAUCAUCCAGAGGUUCCCCCCUUCCUGUACCUUCUAAGAAAGACGUCCCAAAUGAAUAUGAUAAAGAAAUCUGCGGUCUCGGCUUAUUUGACAACGUUCCUGCAAAAUGUACAAAUUCGGAUACUUCGGCCACCCGGGACAGUGCAAAGGAUGGUCCUGGCAUCAAUGGUACCAUUUCUGCUACCGUAGAGGCUGGUCCUACGGAUCCCUUGGUUACUAAGGAGGAUUCAUCAUCCCCUUCAGGCACAAUCACUGACUUAAAACUUGACCCUUCUGUAAAUGUAAUGGCUGCAGGGGGACAUUUUGGAACAGGUCCCACACCAGGUCCAAAGGGGAACCCUCCGCACAAUGUGGAACACGGUGGCCCCUUCUUCCCUGACCUAACCGGCACGGUCCUUACGGCCACUACUCCCAUCCUGUUUUUUCUCACGUCCGUCACCGUCGCCCUUCUUGGUUAUUCCCUUUGGAAAGCGAGUACACUAGGCACAUCCUCGGGUAAUGGCACAAGCCAAUUUGACACAACGGAUGUAAUUACAACCGUGUCGUUGAGUGAUGCAACGGAUGUAGGGAAACGGGGACAACGUAAUUUUUACGACUCUCGCGCCACCGGUCGCCCGACGACCACGGUGUUCGAUGACAUGCGCAAAAAAUUCAAGCCCAGGAUCAGAGUAAAGAAUCCACGAACUAUAAAGAGCAAGCCACAGGUUGGAACAGCGAAGAACAAGCUGAAGGAAUGUUGUCAGAAAUUGAAACGUUGUAAAAUGGGAAGGAGAGCAUGGUUGGGGCUUGUAGUAGUCGCCACAGUCUUGUAUCCAGUACUGCAUUCCUUGGUAGAAUCAAGUAUGAUUGAGUUGUUUGGGACAGGAACCUCCGCUGUGGGUGGUACCAUCGCCAUAUCUGUAGUUCCCAUACUGAUUCCAAUUAUCUAUUGCUGCGUGUUAGUAUGCUUCUUGCGCUCCAAAACAGGGAAAUGUUUACUCGACAAAAUUUGGAAGAAGAAGAAGGAAGGUCCCACAGCAACGGAAAAAAACGAAGGAGAAGUAAAUAAGAAACCGGAGACACCCGGGAAGCAGCACGCACCUAAAAAGGCAGGAGAAUCUCAGAAACCGCAGGUACCUGAGAAAAAGGAAUCAUCUGGGAUAUUAGAGGUACCUAAUAAACCUGAGACACCCGGGAAAUCAGAUGUACCUCAGAAACAGGAAACACCUAAGAAACCAGAAGUAUCUAACAAAACGGAGAUGCACCUAAGCAACCAGAAGUGCCAAAGACACCAGACAUACCAAAGAAACCGGAAGCACCUAAGAAACCAGAAGUAUCUAACAAAACGGAGGUACCUGGAAAAACAGAAGUGCCAAAGAAACCGGAAGUACGCGCAAAAGCACAAGCACCUGAGGAACCAGAAGUACUCGUGA